AUGAACCCUGACGACGAAAAUGACCGGUCCUCCUCGACCCCCACAGCAGCAUCUAAGUCUGUGUCUGGCCAAGAGAAGGAGAAGCCACGUUUGACCGAUCAAGAGAAGAAGAACAACCACAUCGCGUCGGAGCAGAAGCGCCGCGCUGCCAUUCGAGAAGGCUUCGAUCGUCUUACAGAAUUGGUCCCUGGCUUGGAGGGACAGGGUCGCAGCGAGAGCGUUGUCUUACAAAAGACUGUCGAUUUCAUGCAUCUCAAGUUGCAAGAGCGACAUAACCUGAUUGCUGAGGUUGAGAGAAAAGGCGGACACGUGGACGACUCCCUGCGACCUUCAUAA